CGUCACCAGGAUUGCAUCGGAUCCGUCGAAUUCCUGUAGGAUCCGGUAAAAUUCAGUAUUGGAUCCGAUAGGAUUCGAUGGGAUCCGGUGGGAUCCGAGUAUGGGAUUGUUCGACCUGGUGACACUCUCGGUCUUGAUCCCUCUAAACAGAUCCAUCUCGAAAUUCAAUGUCGUCGUGUUCUUUUAGCAUUCUCACCUUCGCUACUUUCAACAAUCGACUUCUGCCCAUCGUUAUCGACGAACAAUUACUGUUCAAUGACCAUGGGACAAUGCAUUAAGACGAUCUUUAUCUAUUCAAAGCCAUUCUGGAGAAAUAUUCUAGUCGAUCAAACUGAUAAACAAGGACCCUGUUCAAAUAUAUUCGAAUCCAAUUAUCCCAUUGCACUCAUUGGGUUGGUAUUAGGUGAAAGAGCUUCCUAUUGGUGUAAACGUGAUCAGAACGAACUAAUCGAAUCAAUCAUUGAACAAUAUUCAGUUCUUUACAAUACGAAUGAAAAACCGUUGCAAACAUUCGUUCAAUAUUGGCCAAAAGAAAGUCUUAGUAAAGGCUGUUAUGCUGCUGUUUAUCCAGCAAGUCCAUGCUCGACAUGGAGAAAUCGAACAAAAGCACUAGUCGACGGAAGGAUUUGGUUAGCCAGCACAGAAAUGGCUCUGGAAUGGAUUGGAUACAUUGAAGGUGCCAUCGAAGCUGGUGAAAGAUUUGCAGAAGAAAUUCACCGGACAUUUUGA